AUCUUUUCUCCCAUUCCCUCCAAUAUCCCUAAUAUACGGUCCGGGCCUUUUGGACGGACUCACACACAACAUGGGCAAGAAAUCAAAGUCCCAAUCGGCUGCUAACCCGGAGUCGGGGAAUGCCUUGUUCUCCGGGAAGAUUGCCGUCGACCCUGCUCUGGCGUCGCUGUUCGACCAAAGCUCUGGUCCUGUGAAGGAACCCACGAUCCCUGAAAUCAUCCCCAGCGCAUCGUCUAAGCGCGGCAAAGCUGAGGUGGAAAACGACGAGGAAAUCUCCGAGCCGGAAGACGGCGAAUCAAUCGGCGGAGAUGAUGACGACGAAGUCAUGGGGGAGGCACCCGAAUCUCCCAGUGAUGCAGACAGCGAUCGAGCCGCAGCAGCUGCCGAAGCACCGAGCCGGAAACGAAAGAGGGCGACGACCGACGACCUCGAAGACUCUUACAUGCGCCGCCUGGAGAAGGAGGAGCAGAAGUCCGUGGAGAAGCGCCGCGCCGAACAGACCAAGAAACAGAAGAGCGGCUCUGACGAGGAGAGCGGAUCUUCCGACGGCUCCGACGAGGAUGAGAGCUCCGAUGAGGCAGCCACGGCCCCUCCGAAACACGAAAGCCACGCGGGCGACGCCUCGGAACUCGACAAGUCCAACAGAACUAUCUUCCUGGGCAAUGUCUCCACCGAGGCUAUUAAGUCGAAAUCCGGCAAGAAAACCCUCAUGAGACAUCUGGAGUCUUUCCUUUCCUCGAUCCCCGAGUCUACGGGUCCUCACAAACUCGAAUCCCUCCGAUUCCGGUCGACUGCGUUUGCUAGUGGCGGAAAGGUCCCCAAGCGCGCGGCCUUUGCCAAGCAGGAGCUGCUCGAUGAAACUACCCCAAGCACCAAUGCGUAUGCGGUCUACAGCACGAUUCAGGGUGCGCGGAAGGCACCUCAUGCUUUGAACGGAACUGUCGUCCUGGACCGGCAUCUGCGGGCGGACAGCAUUGCGCAUCCCGCCAAGGUCGACAAUAAGCGCUGUGUCUUCGUCGGUAACCUUGACUUCGUGGACGUCGAGGGCGAGACGGAGGAGAAGAAGAACAAGAAACGGGCGCCGGCUGACGUCGAGGAGGGCCUCUGGAGGACCUUCGACGCACACACGGGCGGCUCGAAAGACCAGAAAUCCAAGGUCAACAAGUGCAGCGUUGAAUCCGUGCGCGUCGUCCGCGACCGCCUGACGCGCGUCGGAAAGGGAUUCGCCUACGUUCAAUUCCACGACCCGAACUGCGUGGAGGAAGCGCUCCUCCUGGAUGGGAAGAAGUUCCCCCCCAUGCUCCCGCGGAAACUGCGCGUGACCCGCGCCCGAAAGAUGAUGAAGAAGCGAGAGGAUGCGGGCAACGGCCGGCAGACCGAGGCGGCCAAGACACUCCAGGGUCGGGCCAGCAGGCUUUUCGGCCGGGCUGGCGCGGCGCAGCUGAAGUCGGAUGGGCAGAGAACGAUCUCGGGGAAUUCGGCGGUCUUCGAAGGCCAGCGCGCAACGGAGGGCGACGCGAACCGGCUCCGGGUGAAGACCAAGAGUCGGGGCUCCAAGGGCUCCAAGGGCAAGCCGAACAACCGGAGCAGCAAGCGGGCUGCGGCGUACCAGGCAGCCGGAGGGAGACAAGCGAAGGUGAAGGCUUAGCGGGUAUUAUCUGUUUAUAUUAGGAGUAUAUUUUUGGCGCGUGUCUCAACCACGAUAAAAUAUCACGCACGG